AUGUCGAACCACAGCUCAACUCCUCCGAUCUCAGUUCCCCCAUCGUCCUCGCGCCAGCGUCGAGCAUCCAUUGCAUCAGGACUCUCUUUCCCGGAAUAUAAAUCGGGCAGCCAGAGCCUAGGUGGCCCCCAGGCUGGUUCUAUGGCCAGUGCCAUGGCCAAUGCUCAAACAAACCAGAGACGCCGACUGUCCAUUACUACCUUAGGUCUGUCCGGGUCGCCAACUCAGCCUCUGCAGUAUGGAAAUCGAAACUUGCGACAGGGAAGCAUCUCCAGCUCUGUGGGAUCUAGCCCAGGGAACAACGAAGAAGCCGUGGCAGAGGAUGUUGAGAACUCCCCUCCCGGCGGCAUGCCGAGAUCUCCGUUUGCCCGCCGUCUCUCGUUCGGUGCUCAGGCAUUACGAGAUGCCCGCGCUGGAAGUAUUGGCACCGGUAGAUACCACCUCUCUCCCCCUAUAUCACCCGCGGCUGGAAAGAGCCGGACAGCAUCGUCUGCCGGCCUCUCCAACCAUUCAAUCAGCAAUAGCAUUCCAGGAAAAUCAUCUGCAAGUACAUAUAAAGGUCUUCCCCAGAACGAUAUAUCUAACAAGUCUCGGCGACCAAUAGGCGAGGGCUUCAACUGGUCUGAAGCUCUUCGAGCAAGGGCUGAACGCGGGCCCAUAUCUCCAAAUUCGGCUCAAUCCCAGCAGGGCCAGCAGGCUCCGCAUAGACGGGCUGCGUCCAUCGCGUCCAUGGACCAGCCAGCGCGGGAAAUGCCAAAACAACCCAAGCAAAACAAUAAACCGGAUUUUUUCCAGGAGAAGAUCCUCAGGGGUGACUUUAUGGAUUAA